UCUGUUGUUUCUAAUCAAUACUCGUGAGCAGUUGCCAUGACUCUCGUUGGCUGUGCGCUCCGAGGCGUCACCAUCUGUCAUCCAGCAGGAGAGUUUCAUGCAUGCGUCCUUCCCCGAUCUCCUCCCAUUGUAGAAACAGCUGUAGACGGUGAACCGUGGAGUGCGGGUCUGACACGGAUUGCCUGGAUACCGGCUUGGAGUGUAGGUGUGCAUCAACCAACGAGAAACAGAUUCGAUUCUUUUCCCCUACAAAAUACGCAUAACAGUUUAUUUUGAAUGGGACUAUUUCCUUGAACAUCAGCCAUGGCGAGCCGGCUUUUUCACUUGCUGCAUGUAUUUCUGAUCCUGGAGUCCAGCUGGGGUAAACUCAUGUCUGAGGAUCUUGGUGAAGCCACGCGUCAAGGUGCCGAUGUCGCGCCGGCUUUGGAUCACCGCGUCUUUGCGCACGAAAGCGCAAACCGGGACAUGGUCUCCAUCAACAUGUUCAAAGUGUACGAGAAGUACAGUAAGGAGCCGCUGAGCCAGAGGGACGGAAACACCGUGAGAAGUUUUAAAGCUGUCCCGGGAGUCUCACAUGGGAAAGAGGUGUUCCAGUUCAACCUGUCCUCCAUCCAAGACUCAGAGGUCAUCCUCUCUGCGUCCUUUCACUUCCUCUACAAGCGGCCCCGCCACCACCAACGACCUUGGCGUUUCCGAAGACCUCGCCACCCGUCAAGUGGCCUCCAGCAUUCCCAUCCCUCCUCCCCAAAGCUCCUCUUCCAUGGAUCAUCCCCAAACUCAGCUUUUGCAACACUGCUGGGAAACAUAACUCUGGCUCCUUUCAAGAAAGGCUCUUGGCAAUCGAGGGAUGUAACAGCAGUGGUGAAACACACCAGGGAUGUCAAAGAGCUUGUGCUAACAGUGGAGUUUGAUAUGGAGUCUGGGAUGCAGCAGAGGAGCCCUCAUGGACAGGAGCGAAUCUCCCCGGCCAACCUGCCGUAUAUUCUGGUAUAUGCUGACGAUCGAGCUAUAGAUGAGCCAAACAGUGUGGCUAUGUCCCUCCAGAGGUACGGGCCCUUCCCUGUAGGGGACGACGCAUCCUCCUCGGCCUCGGCCUCAAGGAUCCGGAGGGAGCUUCAUCUCCAGAUCCAAACAAAUGAUAUCCCAGAGGUACAGUUCAACACCUUGAAGAAUCACGAAUUAUGGCAGAACACGUAUUUCCCAGCUAAAGCCAAAGCAGCGGUCAAACCUAGAAGGAGGCAGGGUCAGGAGAGCAGCGAGGGCCUGAGCAAGCCACAGGUGCUGAGCUUCGACGAGAGGACAAUGAAGAAGGCCAGGAGGAGACAGUGGAGUGAGCCCAGGGUUUGUGCAAGGAGGUACCUCAGGGUUGACUUCGCCGACAUCGGCUGGAGCGAGUGGGUUUUGGCGCCAAAGUCGUUUGAUGCCUACUACUGCGCCGGGACCUGUGGGUUCCCAAUCCCUAAAGUGGUGCGGCCCUCCAAUCACGCCACCAUCCAGAGCAUCGUCCGAGCCGUGGGAAUCGUCCCCGGUGUCCCCGAACCGUGCUGCGUCCCGGAGAAGAUGAGUCCUCUUGGCGUGCUUUUCCUCGACCCGAGCAGGAACAUGGUCCUCAAGGUUUACCCCGGCAUGUCUGUGGAUACCUGUGCCUGUCGGUAGGGCUGGAGCCACAGGAGCUGCCAGAACUGCAAUUGAUGAAGAGGAAAAACAGUCAGAAGGACAUAACUGUAGAUUGAGAACACAGCAGGAAGGCACUUUUCAGAUCGAAGGACAGUUGUGGUGAGACACACUGAGGAUAACUGAGAGAGACUGGAACUAAAGUGAUGAGACUGUCAAGGCUGUAGAUAACCUUUUCUCUUGAGUUCUUGGACUUGUUUGGUGUCUGCCAUGGUUUGACAUUGCCUUAACUUUUUCCUGCUUAUCUAAUAAUUUUCAUAGUCUUUCUUCAUUUGGUCCACGUUCAUUUAUUUCCCCUUCCUUCAAAAGUAGCUUAAGGAAGAGCUCCUGCAGGUAAAUUUCUGUUGAUUCUUAAUAAGCUUUUUCAGUCCUGUUAUGUUUGGAAAGAUUUAUAAAGAGAUUUUUGCCUGUUUUGCUUUUAGAGAGGACUUGAUUUGCUCUGGCCUCAGCCUGGACCCAACUAGACCUGGAUGGAAACUACUCAGUCGCCUUGUAAGGCUCAUUCUUAAUGAGCUCAAAAAACUCCUACUUGCCUCUGUCUUUCAGAUUCAGGACAGAGGUUUGGACAAACUGAUGAACUGCAUGUUUGCCUCACAGACUCCAGAAGGUUUUGGACACAGAGGUUGAAUGGCAGCACAUUUAUAUUCCAUCAAAAUAACCAACCGUUGCUGUGUAAAUACUGUAGUUACUAACACAAACUAAAUGGUGCUUGUUCCUAAAUGAUGUGUCACUCAAAGUGUUACACUGAUGUCUUUGAACGCCUCCCAUAUAUUAGCAAGAAAUGGUAUUCAUGCAUGAGAGGUAAUACCUUGUUAGAAAUGUAUUUCAGUAGUCAUUUGUUUAUAUCUUGUAUAUAAUGAGUGUAUUUUGUCACUGAGAGUUUAAGUAACAGAGGCGUUGUGUUGCAUGUUUCUGCUUCGGUAAAGAGAAAAAAAUGGUGCAUUGCUGCCACCUGCUGUGCAUUUUGGGAAAGUUGAAGGGACUUAAAUCAAAAAAAUUGAAGUUCUUCCAUUUGCUAUUAAACAUUUCCCCUUAAUACACAAAUAUUGUUCAUCCAACAAGACAUGUACAGUUUGUAAUAUGUACAGUAAUGAUAAAAGUAACUACAAAGGGAUAAAAGUAUCCAACCCUCUAACUGUAUGAGUAAAAAUGUAUUUGAAUAGUUUGAUGUAAGUUUUAGUGAACCACAGACGUAACCUGCUUGUUAUAGAAAUAAACAGCAUUGUACAUACAGCCAAAAACAGUUAUUGGCUUUUAUUAGGUUUUAUGAAAACAGUACAUACAGCUUAGAUGUAGAUGUGAACAUUUGAUAUACCUUGUAAUAACUGCUUAUCAAUAUAAUAUAUAAUAAUAUUAUAAUAUCAAUUAUCCAUAUACUUUAGAUGACAACACAUUAGAUUACAUACUGUAUAUUUUAUUUAAAGGCUGAUACCUUGGUUUAUUGAUGUAUUGUGCUAAUCUUGAAAUUUUUUAAAUUAAAUAACAGGUUUUGGACA